AUGAGCACGGCGGCGCCGAUGUCGCCGGGAAAAAUCAAUCCAUCUUCUUCUUCUCCUUGGCUGAUGCUGCAACCCGCAUAUGAAGCCGCCGCCGCCUGCACGGCCGCCACCACCACGUUGACUUACAAAUUCUACAGCCUGGCCGAGAACAGAGCACCCAUUCUCCAUAAGUCUAUCCUCUCUUGUUCUCCCGACACUGAAAAUUGUGUGGCCGUGAGCCUAACCUACAGUGGGAAUUCCAUGGCUGUGUGCUGCCCUUUGUCCAGUGACAAUUGGAAAUGGUUCGGCACAAAUUCCAAAGACAACAAUCAUUUAGAUUGCGUCUACUCCACAAGCAAAAAGACACUCUUUGCCCUCACCAACACUUUCCAAUUGGAGGCUUGGGACUUAACGGCUGCAUCCCCUGAAUUGUUACGAAUUAUGGGUGAAUUUAGAAAUAUCCUCGACCAUGAAGAGAAGAUGAUGAAGAGGAGGAAUACCAAGUUGUUACGGUCGAGAGACGACUUGUCAUGUUGGCAUGAGUACCAUCUGGUGAUUGCCGGAGAGGAUCUCCUUGUGCUGACUCAGUACAUUAUGCUAUCCGUUAAUUCGGACGGUUUAUAUGUUGACUUCGAGGCAGAAGAAUCACAUGAAGAAGAAUCAAGAAAAUAUAUGUUUGGGCACCCGAGCGCGACUUUUGAUUUUGAUGUUCAUAGAUAUGAUUGGGAGGAUGGGGAUUUAAAGUAUUUGGAAGGUUCGUGUUUGGGUGGUUGGGCUCUUUUCGUUGGUAACUAUAACCACUCUCUUGCGUUGCGUGCGAGUGACUUCCCAGAGCUGAAGCCCAACUCCAUUUACUUUACGGAUGUUAUAGCAGAUCGUUGUGAUAUUAAUGGAGGUAACCAUGACAUUGGCAUUUUCAGUUGUGAGGACAAGACUGUGUCGCCAUGCUAUUAUCCAUACGACCCUGCCAGCUUAAAAGCGAUGUUCCCAGAGCCUAUGUGGUUUUUCCCGAGCUAG